AAACUCCAAAAGCUCAACUUCGAUUUUGGAUUCUGAAUAUUCGCACCAGCCCACCGAGAUUGCCAAUAACAGUCUGUGCCGCGUGCUCUAUCCAGAUUUAGUUCAUGUCAUGCCUAAGACGGCGUCUCAGAAACAGCCAUGUCUGACGAAGUUUCCGAUUUUCUGCGGUCUGUCGAGUUGCUGAAGGAACGACGGGAGGAAGAAGAUGAAGCGCGCUCGCGUGAACUCGAGGAGAAGAUUCUGCAGGAAAAGAAAGAACGCCAGGCUCGACGAGCAGAGCGUGCACGAUCAAUUUCACCUCAGAAAUCAUCACCUGCAAACACUCCGUCCCCUGCGCCCCAUCGCAUCGGCCUCCCUCUGGCUUCAGACGACGUAAGCCUGCCAUCGCCUGGCUUUGAGCGCACCGGAAGCCCCCGGCCACGCGCCGUGCCUGCUUCGGAAGUCAUGGAGACCCCAGCCGACUACUCGAGCUCCUCGACCAAGGAAACCGAGUCCCGGUCCGACUCGGAUACCAAACGAAGUAGCACGACAAUGACAUCGCCCUCCAUUGGCAUGCCGUCGGCUCGGUCCACUCUGUCGUGGCAGAGACGCCCGACAUCGCAGGCCUCCGAGAGACCCCGAAGUCGAACCUUGACUAUGGUAGCUGCCGAGAAUGCUGCUCGCAAUUCUGCUAGCCCCGCCGAGCCAGAACAAGCAGCAGAGCAAACCUUGUCGCGCGACCAGAUCGCUCAGUCUCUGUCCGGCAAAGACCCCUCCUGGUUUCGCCAAACCCCUGAUCCGGGACGGGGCUCGGCAGCCUUUAGGAAGAAUCAAGUCGAGGAUGAGGACACGGUGGAUAUGUCUUCGAAGCGUGUGCAGCUUCCCGGCAUGUCGCGCGAGCCGUCAAUAGAACCCUCCAAAGACAGCUCGUCUACUCGGCCGCAGACUCCUACAAACAUUCCUAGCACGCUAGGGUCACCUCUGCCUGUCGUCGCCUCCCAACGUCUUGAACCCCCUACCGGAGAUAGCAUAGGAGCCGAGGAUGCCACUUCUAUCAGCCGGCAGUUCGUAGCCUCGCCCAGCGGCCGGACAUCGCCGAUCAGACCAUCCUCGCCCACGAAAGGCAUGGGUGGAUUUGUCCAAAGUGCCAUGAUGAAACGGUCAGAUAGCGUCAAGCGAUGGAGCGUCAAUUCCCCAGGAGGCCUACACCGCGCAGAUUCUACGCAGAACGCGCAACGCAGUUCUCCUCCAAAAGCUGGUGCUCGCCCGGCGAGUAUGCUGAUGGACUCCUCAAAUACAGCCGCGCCCAGACCGACCUCAAGUCAGGGCGACGAGAAGGGUAUUCUUGACGCCGACGGUGAGCAGGUUGCUGCUAGAUCAGCGACACCAAUAUCGUCAAAAACGAAGGGCGAAGAUGAGAAGAUAACACCGCCGUCAAGCCCUUCCAAGACGAUGGAUCCCCGGAGGUGGAGCCCUAACAAGAACUCUAGCUGGCUCGACGCAGCUUUGAACAAGCCGGAAUCGCCCAAGGCAAAGCCAACCCCGACUGCACCGAACCAGCCGGCAUGGAUGGUCGAGCUGAACAAGGCAAAGGCCCAGAAAACUGGCAGCACAACUGUGGAUCUUGGCCGCACCGCAUCCCUUCCUACCAAGAAGCCUGAGAUUAGAACCGGCGGGCUUAUGAGGACCACGCCAAUGGGUGUCAAUCUCAAGCCUUCUGCACUGAGCGGUCUCCCGGUUGUGCCUCCUGUCUCGACGGCCGAUAAACCCCCUGUUGGUGGAUUCCGAGGCACACUGCGAAGAGCUUCGCCGACAACCGAGAGCCCAGAGGUUGAAGGCAGUGGAGACUCCGCGGUCAAGCCCAAGCCAGAAACUCCUCCCAAGAAAGACUUCCGAGCCAAUCUCAAAUCUCGACCCCCGGCCCUCGAAGCUAAGUCGGAGCCGACUGAUGAGUUGAAGAGCGUUUUCGGGUCCCUACGACGGACCAAGACGCAGAACUAUGUGGCUCCGGACGAGCACAAGGAGAAUAUUCUACGGGGUAAGGCGGCUCUGAAUCUAACAGGCGGUCCUAAGAAGACCGAGCGCAAAGAUGAGUUCAAAGAGGCUAUCCUGAAGAAAAAGGAAGAGUUCAAGAAAGCCCAGCAGGAAGGCUGGGCCAUCUCGAGGGAGCCCAGCAGUGCCAAUGACAAGGCUAUCCCUGAGGGCAUCGCAAAGAGGUUGGAGUUGCAGCGAACAGGAACGUUGCCCAAGAAAAGUCCAACCACAUCUGACUUUGCAUUGCCAAGUCCCAGCCUAAGGGAAUCGAAUCGGUCCAGCACUGUGUCUUCGAUUUCAAAGCGGGAUGUGCCUGAUGUGGGUUCAAAUUCAGGCGGAGAGCCUUCGCCUGAAUUGACCAAAGAACCGGCCGUCCGUUCUGUUGCCCCGGUCACUCUGCAAAAACAGACAGAUGCCUCCAGCAAGAUUCCAAGUAGAGUUGGCGGAAGCUUGGCAGACCGUUUCAACCCUGCAUUGGCUGGCCUCAUAGCAAGGGGCCCUCCACCAGCGCUGGAGCCGUCCAGGGGCUCUGGAUCGUCUAAUACUGCCGGAUCAACAGCAGACACGGGAGAGCCAGCGAAACCCGGUCCCCAGUUGACUCACUUGACAAAGAACCGGGCACGUGGUCCUAGGAGGAACGCUCCAACUUCUAUCGCGAAACCAGCGGAAAAAGUUGUGGAAACCUUUGCCGAGCCCGCGGGGCAGGCGGUGUCAGAGGUUGUGAAUAAGCCGAUUACUUCUCCCAAGCCGGAGAAGUUCACCUUCACCCCGAAGCUGGAACAGCCGAGCGCUUUCUCGAAACAGGAGAAGCCUGUGACCUCCCCCAAACCGGAAAAGUUUUCAACGUCAAAGCCUGAGAGCGUCCCACCAAUGGAUUCUAGGAAGCCUACACUGCAGGAGGACAAGCCAAACACUCCCAGCAAUGUCAUCUCCCUGGUCGACUCCUCCAAGAACAACUCGAAGGAAGAACCAAAAUCAUUGGGCCAGCCCAUCGCGCUGGUCAGCCCCAACACUGUCAAGACUCGGCCACGUUCACCGACCAAAGUCCAAGAGCAGAUAGCAGCCAUCGCCGCACUGAGCCAGCAGACACCGAAGCCUGCUGAACAAACUAGUGAGAUUCCUUCGCAGCCCUCUUCUCCUAAGAAGCUCGAUAUAAAGAGAAUAUCAAAGUUUAUGGACGAGCAGACGCAGUCCAGUCCUAAGCCGGAGUCUGUGAAAUCACGACCCUCUUCGCCGGUCAAGAACCAAUUUCCCGUAGAUGCGAAUUCCCGGUUUGAAAACCAGCGGGGAAGCAGAGAUUUUGAGCUGAAGACUACACUCCCAGCUAGAAGCGGUGCUGGACGUUCUGUGGGCGCUGGCUUAGAAUCGAUACAGCCAGCUGGAACACCGAAUCCCAAAGUUGGCGAGGCGUUGGAGGCCGAGAAGCCACCACAAGUACCCCUCAAGGGGUCCAGGCCGCUUCCGUCGCCCGAGAAGCCACCACAGCUACCCUUCAAGGAGUCCAGGCCGCUUCCGUCGCCCGCAGUCGCUACGCCUACCCGGAUACCCUCUCCGAUCCGGUCACCAGGCAAGCAGUCCUCGGAGGUGUCAGCGCUUCUCCACGACUUCUUUGGUCCUGAGCGUCCCGAGCGGAAGUAUACCGCCGACGCGGCUGAAAUCCUUAUGAGGCGCCCAGUUUCAACAGCCACGAUUCAAACCCAGCGCGCCCAGCUACUGCAGCUCUCUGCCGAAGGCAAGAAGAUCCCCGUGCCGACUCACCACGAGAGGGUCUUGUUCGAGCGCGAGAUGUACCUCUGCCUGCACACAUUCAUCGACCCUGCCGGGAAGAGGGUGAACAAGGUGUACUUCUGGGCGGGCGAUGAGGUGCCCGAGUCGGCCGCAGAGGAUGCUUACCUCUUUGCCGCGCGAGAGGCUAGAGCAUUCGGCGGCAAACUGGUAAAGCUGUCGCAGGGCAAGGAACCAUCCGAAUUCCUGCAGGCCCUCGGCGGUAUCGUCAUUGUCCGCCGUGGCUCAAGCAACAAGUAUGACUCGCUCGCGCCAAACAUGCUCUGCGGUCGGCGCUACCUGGGCCAGAUCGCCUUUGACGAGGUCGACUUCUCUCCUAUGAGCCUCUGCUCGGGGUUUCCGUAUCUCAUCACCCAGCAAGGGAAAUGCUACCUCUGGAAGGGCAAGGGCAGCGACGUGGAGGAGCUGUCGUGCGCCCGGCUCGUCGGGAUGGACCUUGCCUUGAUGGGCGAGCUGCUCGAGAUAGAAGAGGGCAACGAGCCGGAGAACUUUUGGACCGACGUCUUUGGCGGCGGCUUGCGGUUCGGCUCGGCAGACCAUUGGCGGUUGAAGCCCAACUAUGACAAGUACUCCGGCCGGCUGUUCUGCGCCAGCGCGGAUGACACGCAGCAGAUAACCGAGAUAUCCCCCUUCAGCCAAGCCGACCUGCUCCCGUCAAACAUUUACGUCCUCGACGCCUUCUUCGAGAUGUACAUCAUCGUCGGCGCCCGCUCGCAGCACCAGUACGCCGCGUUUCGCAACGCGCUGGACUUUGCCCAGGAGUAUGCCAUCCUGGCGGCUGGCAUGGAGGACCGCCCGUUUGUGCCCAUCUCGACUGUUGUGCUGGAGGGCAUCCCCCGCGACCUGAAGAGUGUGUUUAGGAAGUGGAGGGACGCGGCGAGCCCGACGGUUAUGCACGUCAGUUCGCAGAACGCGAGCGGGAGUGGGAGUGGGAGUGGGAGUGGGAGUGGGAGUGGGAGUGGGAGUCCGUUGAAGAGGGGGAGGAGUUUGAGGGUUGUGCCGCUCACCCAGGCGUUGAAUGCUUUGGCUCAGGAGUAGUUGUUGGGGUGGGUUAUACUGUUGGGAUGUCUGUUGGGUUGGGGUUUAAUGAAUGGCAUCCAUGGAUAUGGUGUGAUGCGUG